AUGAUCUUAUGGCUAGCCGGUAAUGACUUGAUGACACCAAGAAAUUUGACAUUGGAUAUGACAAUUCCAUACAGAUGGAGUGACCUAUAUUUACCCUUCCAUAUAUUCAGUUGUUCUCACGUGAUUGCAUUUAAUGAGACAAACAAUAGCAAUCGAGUCCCGGAAGAGGGAAAAUACUACGAUUUCUCCAACAAUGUUGAGCUCUAUUACGAGGAUACAUAUGAAGAGCAAGCAGGCUCAUCUGUCUGCUCAUUACUAGUUGGUCCCUACGAGUUUGAGGAAUUUCCACAUAGUUCCAGUAAUUAUACAUACAUCAAUGAAAAUGAUGUGGAGACAAGUAGCACUGAUGCCACGUUGACCACUGCAAGUGCAAGCACGUUUUCACUAGAGGAAUAUUUCUUGUCGUUUUCAGAUAUAAGUGUUGAAUCUACAGAGAUAUCAGAGACGAGUUACUAUGACUUCACGUCGACCACUACAAGCAUAAUCUCAUCGGAAGAAAGUUUGUUGUCGUUUUCGGACAUAGCUGCUGAAUAUACAGAGAUCGUAGCAACAAGUUACAUCGGCCCCAUCUCGACAAGCACAAGCACAGGCACGGGCACGGCGUCAGCGGAGGGACGUUUAGUUUCAUUUACAGAUGCAAGUGCUGAAUCUCCGGAAACAGUUCCAGAUUCCAGUUCCGUGGGACCACCAGUCUUCUUAUCUGAAUAUGAUACCGAGUCAGUUUCUUUGGAUCCAAGUCUAUUUGAUAUGUCAAGUUACACCAGUGAUUCACUCAUUUCUAAAACUGAAAUUGACACUGGAACUGAAACUGAAACUGACAUUGACACUGAGCCAGAAGUGGCCAGGGACCCAGUGGAGAGGUACACUACAACGCCUCCUGAUGGUGCAACUGUUGGAACGCCAACAUCUUCAUCUUCAACUACAAGUGGCGGGGGUAAUCCACUUGAGUUCCUAAUUAGCUUGAUUUGGCACGAUGAGAGGUACGAAGGAGAGGAAACACAACGAUAUCCAAGAAUGGAAUUUCAAGUUAUGAGUGUGGAGCCCGCUCUUAACUCCCUAUGGAAGGUCACGUUCCACAUUCACUCAGCAUACGAUCCAGUGUUGAUGCACGAGUUGCUUGGAUCUGAUAUGAUGUAUGUCGACUUGGACUACUCAGUAAAGGAUGUUCCCACUUCACUAAUAUUGAACGGGCCUGGUGCACCGUACGCGUACAGUAACCCGUUUGAUAUACAAGCAAGUAUAUUGAUUGCCCCAUCAGUGCACGGGGACUAUUUUUGUUUGCCAGAUGACCUUAGAUUCACAUAUGAAGCAGAUCCAGUGACAUCCUCUUGGAUGGAAGUCUUUUACAUUCGUACAAAGUAUUUUGUGAAUACGGAAUUGCCAGAUCUUGAUUCCAAUGCUGUAGAUUCUGGAGCCAUUGAUGAGCAAUUAGAGGUUGGUCAUAUCAUUUCAAACUUUUGUUGGAAAAUCCCAGAUUGCUCGGAGUCAGAUAUUUUGGCAUCUUUGUCCUCAGAGGCACGUCUUGUUGCUUUUCCGACGUCUGAUUAUUCAUCCGAAACUGAUAGUUCCAUAUCUUCUCCUGUCACUGAAGAAUCUGAAUCAUCCAUUCAAAACGAAUCCCAGUCUUUGGAAAGUUUUGUUUCUAAGGUUCUUGUUCAGUUGCCAGUUGAGUCUGCAACUGAAUCAAUGGUUGAAAUGGCACUAGAGUCAGGAAACGCUUCUGAGCUCAAUGGUUUUGGCAGUUCCUCAAUCGAAACUGAACCAAGCAACGUGGAUGAGCCAACAAGUGAGUCUUUAAUGGAAUCGCUGAAUGAAACAGAAAAUGGACACACAGUGGAAUCCAUGGGUGAGAUAGAAUACGCUUUCACUUCCGAAUGGGGAUCUGAUUCACCAACUGGCUCAACAACUCGCUCAACAAUUGACCCUACAACUGAGCUGGAAGUAGAAAUGUGGGCCUACUCAUCUACUCUCAUGGGAGCAGCAUCGGCUAUUGAUGCAACGUCUGAGUUUGAAUCUGUGACAGAAAGUGAUUCAUCAACUGUAACCGGAAUUGAGCUCAGGUCAUAUCUGGAUACAAGCAAUAGAGGGUUCGAAACUGAAGCCACGAAUAAUCCACUACUAGGGACAGAAACUGACACCUUUGAUGCCGAAACCAGUCCUACAUCUAGCUAUGCAAGCGAGUUGUACAACGGGCCAAUAAUAUCCUUGGAAACUAACUUCGUGUCUAUUUGGUACAGCAGUGAAAUCCUGGAUGAGCUGGCAAUUGGAUUGAACGAGGUAGUAUCUAACUCAAACAGCGCAUCCACUCCUCAAGCGGAACUGACAAUGGCUGCAGUCGCCAGCGACAGCAGCUUUGAAAAUACGAAUGAUUGGGGGACGGGAUCAAUGACAGGGUCCAGUACCGAAACCCCUGUGGUGUAUUUCGACUUCUCCAACGACAUGGAGUACGUUUACGAAGAGGAAAAUGGAGAUCGGGCCCAUACGUCUGUUUGUUUAGUACAAGAAGGAUACUACGAGCUUGAAGAAGUACCAUUUAGCACACUUGACCCACUAAUUGGCAAUUCAAAUUCAUAUGUGAACAUUGUGUCAGAGAUAAACUUUGUGAGUUUGGUGGUGGCAAGUAUCUAUCCAAAUGAAUUGAGUGUGUACCUCACUUUGGGUAGCAGUGUUGAGUCCACGGCGACCAGUGUGGAAUACAAUACAAAUGAAUAUGGCGAUUCAGUACAAAGCCCAGUAGGAGUAUCAGAUACAAGCAUGGCAAGCAGUGUCCUUGGAUCGUAUAUAUCGGAAGCUCCUUUUAAAUUUUCAGCAACGGGCUUGGAAAGCAAUGCAGUUGCACCUGGUUAUGCAUUUGAAUCUUCUAGUGAAUCUAAAGAGUCAAACUUGGAAUCUAGCAUAGACGAGCUUGAAUUUUCUUCACAACCAGCAAUUGAAUCCUCAGCGAUAUAUACAGAGAGCAGCAUCAUUCAGCCUGCAUACUCAUCAGAGACUCCAAUUGAAACCAAAGACGCAGGUUUCGAAAGCAGCACAAGCGAAUUUGAUUAUUCAUCGCAAGCUCUGCCUCAUACGGCUAGUGUAGUAAUGGAAAGUGGUGUCAUUGAGUCUGAGUAUGUAUUGGAAACGCCAACACUGUUGGAGCCAAGUCUUGUUGUACUCACAAGCCUUACGAGUGAAAAUUUGGUUGAAACUGGAAGAGGUGCAGUCUUAAUUGAUGUAGUUGCGACCAGUGCUAUUGAUCCAUUGCCCCUCGAAACCGUUCCUGUACUUUCAAGCCCAGAAACUACAGAAAUUUCCACCGUACAAUCAUCUAGUGCAGCGUCUACCUCAACCACAUCCACGUCCACCACAUCCACGUCCACCACAUCCACUUCCACUGCAACCACCACUACAGUGAACAACAACGGGCUAUAUGGGCCUAACAUAUGGACAUGGCGUGAUGACAUCUACACCGAUGACGCCACAAAUCGAUAUCCAAGAAUGUCUUUUGAAGUAUUGAGUGUUGAACCUGCUAUGAAUUCUGUUUGGAAGGUUACUUUUCAUAUGAAGUCAGCCUAUGACCCUGUCGUGGUCUUCCAGCUGCUUGGACCCGAUCCAAUCACUGUUGACUUAGAGUAUUCAAACAAUGGUGUACAUACAUCGUUGAGAUUGUACGAAACAGGUGGGCAAACCAACUACAGUAACCCGUUCGACAUACAAGCGACUAUUUUGGUUGUUCCGUCAGUACAUGGAAACCAUUUCUGUUUGCCAGAUGAUUUUGCGUUUACUUACGAAACGGAUCCAAGGGAGUCAACGUGGUCGGACGAGUUCUAUAUUCGCUCCAAAUAUUUUGUGAAUCCCGAUUUGCAAGAGUUCAACCUCAACGAGGGAGGUGCUUCCGAAAGUAUCACUGAUGAUGACUUGACUGAGUUAAUAGAGCUUGGUCAAAUUGUGUCGAACUUUUGUUGGAGGAUUCCAGUUUGCUCAGCAUCAGAGCUAUUUGUGACCUCGUCCACAGAAACACGUCUUUAUGCAUUUUCAGCUUCUGAACUUUCGUCUCAGACUGUGAGUUUGUUGUCAAUUGGGUUUGCUGAAGAGUCUGAAUCAAGCACUGAAUCAGUCACUGGAGCGACUGCUGGUGUUGUAUUUGAGUCAUCAACGAAGCCAGGGUCUAUGACUUAUUCGACAACUUUAUUGGCGGAAAAUUUGGUAAUGAGUGAUGCAUCAACAAAUGAAUUCGCAUCUGAACCAGGAUCAGUAUACACGCAUGGGUUAGAUACUGGAAUAAGUGAAUUUGUCUCAGUUGCAACAACCACUCAAGCUACGCUGAUGGCCACGGCUGAGUCCUCAAAUGAGUUGGGAGAAGCUUCAAGUGGUUCAAGUGCUAAGUUAAUGAUCUCGUUAGGACUUGUGUCUUUGUUUGAAACCAUGAGCGAUUCAGUAUCCAAGCAAGAAACUGUGAGUGAAUCAUUGGAAGGAUUUGGGGCUACGUCUGCAAUUAUGCCAUCUACUCAAACAGAAGCUUUAUUUUCAAUUGAAUCCACUAGUGCGUCUGAGGCAACAAAUCUACUGGCAACUGAAACAGAAGGUACAUCAACAAUCCAGUUACUGGUCGGAUUUAGUAAUGAACCUAGUUCUGUGUCAGAAGCUGUAUUCAGUAGUGAAUCAGCUACCGAGUCACAAAACACAUCCACCAGCGAAUCCACAAUCAAUCAAGAUUCUGGAUCCGGUUUGAUUGGCGAAUCAAUUGACGUUUUUGCUACUGGAACUGCUUUUGAAUCAACUUAUUCCAACACGUCUCUGUCCGCAGGUGCUCUUAUUCAAUCUACCGAAUUUAGAAAUGGAUCUGAGUUCACAACGGAGUUGCCAACUAGCACAUCGAUUUACUUCAAUUCAAGUUAUUCAACUCAGGUCACAACUGGUUUCAGUCUGGAAGUAUUUGCCGCACAGUAUUUCAAUUCAAGCGUUGGCGCCAUUAUGUCGAGUACUCCGCCCACUAUGCUUUCAAAUACAGUCAGAACACACGAGUCACUCGGUUUAACCCCAGAACUGCAAUACCAGUCAGUUGGCGAGAGAGCAUCUAUUUCAUCAAUCAUGCAGUCAUCGCCCCAAUCGCCUACAAGGGCGCCUUUAAACACAGCUAACGGAAAUGAUAAUUUCUCCCCUGUGAUAUUUUCUACAACAGUUGCAAUGACCACAUCAACUCAGACUAGCUCGUUUGGAAUGGGGUUUUUGUGGAAUAGUUCAAUUGCGGCAGUUCCUACCACAAUCCUGUUCACAAGACAAGAACUGCUUUUGGUAACGAUUUCAGAACCGAUGGAAGACACGUCGGAGAGUACGAGUUCGUUUACUGACCUCGAGAUUAGUUCUAUGGGUAGUUUAAAUGCUUUUAAUGAACCACCUACCGCCACAAGCUCAGAUUAUGCUACAGAGCUGUCUGAUUCCGUUUCGACAACUUUUUCGGGCUCAUUGAGCUCAUAUCUGGUAAUAGGAGUUGUACUGGUCACAACUUCAGAAUCAAUUGAAGCAAAUUUUGACUUGGAACAACCAAAAAGUCGCACGACAACUUGGCAGAGGCUGAUUGAAAGUAGUGUGACCCCCAACCCAAGCAUGGACACCACUCUAGCCGUGUCAUUCUCGUUGUCCUAUUUGGAUGUAGCUACUUCAAACUGGCCGUUACCAACGAUUUCAGGAAUCAGUGGCUCAAGUUGGAGCAGUGAAUUGGACACUAUUGAAUACGGUUCCAGGUUAUCUUCUACAAGUCCAAUUGGUGAUUUAUUAUAUUCGGUGGAAGCACUUUUACAAACAGCCAGGCCGAUUGCCAACUCAAAUUCGGUCAAUGCGCAAUCAAAUACGGUGGCGGAAUCAGCAGAUGAUGUAUCUUGCACCAAUAUGUCUGUGAAUGAGAAUGAGGAGAGUAGAAGUUCAACGGAUAAUGCGAUUACAACACUGGAUUUAGGGUCAAGCGAGUCUGUCACAUUGGAAUACAUGUCGCUUAUCGACGAACAGAUAACAGGUUCAUCUUUUUACUACAACAUGGAAACCACGACAACCAGGGGCCAGACGUUACCUUCUUCCGACAUGGUACUUUCAUCGAUGGUUCUGAGAUAUAUGAACACUUCAAGUGUGCCUGAGCUUGGCUAUGUCGAGGCAGCAAUGAGUCCAUUGUCGCUAUCUGCGCCAUUAUCCAUCAGCGAUCGAGGUUCAAUUUCUGGAGCAGUCCUUCCGACACAGGAUAUUCCACAGGCUGAAUCGGCUACUUUCUCCAGACAAUACUGGUUACCAGAAUCCUUGUGGACUUCUGAGGGUUUUGAUUUUGCCUCCUUUACCACAAUUGCUGGGGUUUCGUAUUGGAAGACUGGUGCUCCACCCUUGGUUAUCCAAGAAUCCACCAGUUUGAGUUUGAACACUCCAUUUGCAACGGAUGCUGAAGAAUCAGUUACUGUCGUUGCUGCUCAAACAAAUACUCCUAUUGAGCUGCUGGAUUUACUUUCGGCAUCAAUUAAUGCAAAUUCUGCGAAUGUCGCUCCACCAUUGUCAGUUGAGCCAUUGGAAAGUGAAUCACUUGUGGAUGUUGUUGCACAUGAGUCUGUUGGAAACUAUGAGAAGGAAACCGUUGCUCCAUAUGCAAGUUCCAAGGAACUGCAAGUGAGUGCAUCGCACGUCACACCCAUGUUUAGCUUAUCUCCAAAUGGGGGAGAGCAGCAUUUACAAAAUGGAGAGGGAAAAUCAAGUAAUGGAGAAACUUCAGAUGCAACAGCUGUAAUUAACUCGGCGAACAAUGAAUCAUCCCAUAUUGGAACGGCUAGUGCUGUUUCAGUAUCAAGUAGUCACAGUACAGAUACAGCAAUUUUGACCGAUGACAACUCAGAUUCCUUAGUGGACAUGGAUCAACAAAUGAUUACCCCAAAUCAACAUACAGAAUCACCUAACACUCAUUUACAAGAUAAGGCUGAAGAACUGACUGAAGAAGAGGCUGAGAAUAAAGUUCCUGACUCAUCAUCAUUGCCACAAGGACGUUCUGGUUUGACUACGCUUGACACCAUCGGUUCGACUUUAACAAGGACUUUUUCUACUGGAUCGUCAUCAACCAUGAUGAUAUUUGACUAUGGGGAUGGGGCCACUCAUUUGGUACCCAGUAUAAUGGUGCUACUUCUACUACUAAUGUGA